CUCUCUUCUGUCUCUGCACGAUUCUCACUAUCAUCCCAGGGUGCAGAUCACUCCGACUACGAAGACUUGAGAGACUCUCCGACCAUCACAUCAGCCCCUCGUCCUGCAGCUGCGACAGAGACUCGGACUCCAACAUGUUCUUGUUCCUCUUCCUGGUUGGUCUGGCUCUGGGUGCUGCGGCUCCUUCAGAUGACAAUCAUCAAGUGAAGCUGCAGCGUGGCAGCUGUCCCAUGUUCUGGUACAACUUCAACGGACGCUGCUACAAGUACGUCUCUACACAUUUGACCUGGGCUGAUGCAGAGCUCCAGUGUGUGUCAGAGGGAGCCAACCUGGUGUCGAUCCACAGUCCAGAGGAAGAUGAUUUUGUCAAGUUCCUGAUAAAGAACUUUGACUCAACUCAAGGAAGCACCUGGAUCGGACUCAGUGACAUCCACAAAGAAGGCAAAUGGAUGUGGUCUGAUGGUUGUGCAGUGGACUUUGUCUUUUGGCGUGCAGGACAGCCAGACAAUAAUGGAGGAAAUGAAAACUGUGGACACAUCUGUUCUGGCAACACUCUGAAAUGGAAUGAUUUUCCAUGUUCUCUAACUCUUCCCUCUGUUUGUGCAUCUCGCAUAAUGUGUCCAACUUAACUGAUGGUUGAAAAUGUCUGAUUCAAAAUAGUCUCAGUUCACCUGUUGCUCUGUUGACUUGCAUCAGAACAAUAAAGAUACACAUGUGCACAUUAAUGUCUGUGGACAGAAGUUGUUUCACUUUAUCAUAUGAAUAUCAAAAUGUGUAGAAUAAUAAUCUCCCAUCAUGGUGCAAAAUAAGCAGAGAAACAAAGUCAUUUACAGUUGACUUGAUAAGAAUCAACAGAUUUAUAGACGUUUGUGUAGAUUUACGUUAUUUGUGUUUUUGCAGCAUUCACACAAUUGUCCUUGAAUUUAUUAUUAUUGGUUGUGAAUGCAGGAGGCGCUCACAACCAAUAAUCACAACCUCAAAAGUUCCUCCAUUUUUUAUAUUUUACAUUUCAUCAACUGAAAACUGGAAUCAUUAAAAAAACUCAGUUUCAAAAAA